GCAAGGCUCUGACCUGGAGGCUGAUCUCAAGGACUCCCGGAGGUUUUCCUUUUGCUUCAACUGUUAGCCUCCGUGCUUCCCCUCAUUAUUCCUGAAAAUGGAACGAUCCACGCAAGAGCUUUUCCUCAACUUCAUGAUUGUCCUCAUAACUGUGCUCCUCAUGUGGGUUCUGGUGAAAUCUUAUCAGGAGUAAAAGACUGUGCCAUAGUCUGUGAAUGAGUUUAAGUUUGUGUCUGCACAAGUAUGUGACAUCUACUGUACACCUGUGUGAUUAGCAUCAUGUAGAUCUAGAAUGUAAUCUUUUUUACUCUGAACCACCUGUUGCCUGACAUACUCUAAGUGUUCUACAUGGGUCUACGACGAUGCGUGCUCAGAUUUUAUUCUUUGGCAAUCCAGCUGUAAAAUGUACAAGGCAAGAUCCUCAGUAGUUGCUACAUGUGAUUAUCCCUCCAACAGUUACUGUCUCCAUACUGAGACAAAAGAAGCAUACAUGUACUGAGGUGAAAGAAAUGUUGAACCUUUUCAUUUGCUCACCCCUGUACUCUUCCAAAUAAAGAAGAAAAUGUAA